AUGGGAAGACCACCCGGGGCUCACAGCGGGAAUAGGCGAAGGGCGUAUCCGCAGGACUGGGAGCUUCGUGACGCGCAUGCUCGAUAUCCUGAGCGUUUUGAAGAAUUGGAUAGCGAGGAAGAUGACGGGCAAGGCGUUAUUUUGGAUCCGCAUGGUUAUGGCGUGAGGGACACUCGCCCGCGCGGUUUCGCGGGCGAUGCCUUGUAUUUUGAUGGGUACGAUCUGGGACGGGAUAGAACAUCCAGGAGGGGCAUGUACGAUGAUGCAGGAUAUGAUGAUUACAUUUCGGAAGAAGAAGACUAUCUGGACCAGAGAAGCGCGGCAUAUCAGACAGCAGUCAGGGACAAGGAGGAAUCAUUACUGCAGUCGGCACUGGAUCGCAUUGCACGGGCGAGGGUGAAGGGCAAGACGAAUGUCAACUUGUCGCAGGAUGAGAUGGAGGCUCUUGAGCGCAGGCGAAACCAGCAGCCGGAGCCUGCGUCGACCCUUGCGUCGCCGCCCGCCACACCUGCCAAAUCGAAGGUGAAAGCCAGCAGUCGCACGAGCAGUGCCAGCAGUUUGACCAGUCAGAAGACACGGAAGAAGAGCAGCGGCGGGAUCUUUGGUUCGCCGGCCAAAUCCAACUCGAAAGCCAAGGUGCAGAGGAAGAGCUCAGUGGAGCACGCCCCGGCGUAUGCAGGUGGUGCACCGCCACCUGGGAUCAUGGUGCCUGGGCCGAACGGCGUUCCUGUCUACGCGCCGAUCUACUACGGGCCUCCAAGCCCAGAGUUUGCACGAUCUGGACGUUCGCAGUCAGGUGGUGGAUCAAGGUCUUCCUCCAAGCACAGUCGACGAGAGUCAACACCACCGGAGCAGUUUCCACCAAUGCCUCCUCGCUACUAUCCAAACGGCGUCUCGGUACGACCAGAGUCUCAGGGCUCGAAUCGUUCACUGCCGGACGACGUCGACUGGUAUCCUCCUCCACCUCCAUCGCGAACACGAUCAGCCUCGAACGCGCAGUACGCAGGCUAUCGAGGACCGCCACCAGAGGACUACGACAUGGCACCGCCGAUGCCUGCAGCGCAAGGGCGGCGCCACGCCAGUGGUCCGCCUGAUGUGCGGUAUUCGAACCUGCGUCGCGCACCUCCGAGUUCCUCUCCUUUGGCGCAAAGGAACGCCACCCCUGGUCAAGGAAGUGGUUUGAGGAGGGUGGAGACGAGCAGUUCGAGUAGCAGCGAUGAUCAAGGCGUUCAAGUCGAUAUUGUACCCGACGAGAAUGGUGGGUAUACGGUCAGGAGCGCACCAGCUGCUGCUGCACCGGCACCCGUGCCUGUGAAAGAAAAGCCGUCUGGGAAUGAGACGAGGAAGCGAAAAGGAGGUCGCAGAUAG